GCCGGUGUCGUACAUUUUUGCAGAAUCACCAUGGCGUCUGUGUUGAAAGAGACUGCGGGAUUAUAUGAAACAUUGAAAGCCGAGUGGAAUAAAAAGAACCCAAACCUCAAUAAAUGCGGUGAGCUCUUGAGCAAGUUAAAGAUUUCCCUGUUGGAGUUGAACUUUCUACCAACCACUGGGACCAAACUAACCAAACAGCAGCUUAUCCUCGCACGAGAUGUUUUGGAGAUUGGAGCGCUGUGGAGCAUUCUGAAGAAAGACAUCCCCUCAUUCGAACGCUACAUGGCUCAGCUUAAAUGCUACUACUUUGAUUACAAGGAUGAGUUGCCUGAGUCGGCCUACAGGCACCAGUUGCUGGGACUGAACCUGCUCUUCCUGCUCUCUCAGAACCGAGUGUCUGAAUUUCACACAGAGCUGGAAAGACUGAGUGCGAAAGACAUCCAGACGAACGUCUACAUCAGACACCCAGUUUCAUUAGAGCAGUAUCUGAUGGAGGGCAGUUACAACAAGGUAUUUCUUGCCAAAGGAAAUAUUCCCGCAGAGAGCUACACCUUCUUUAUUGAUACUCUUCUUGAUACCAUCCGAGAUGAGAUUGCAGGUUGUAUAGAGAAAGCAUAUGAACAGAUUCAGUUCAAUGAAGCCACGCGGGUGCUUUUCUUUUCCUCUCCAAAAAAGAUGACAGAAUAUGCUAAGAAAAGAAACUGGACUCAGAGUCCUGAUGGAUACUACUCAUUCAGCACCCAGCAUCAAAAGACAGAGGAGGUGACCAUCCCCUCCACAGAACUGGCCAAACAAGUCAUCGAGUAUGCAAGACAGCUGGAAAUGAUUGUGUAGUGUGGAUAUUUGACACAUGUAUACAUAAAGGUUCGCAUUUGUUCACCCAAACAUACAAAUAAAAGCAUUGUACAGUGGCCAUAUAUCUGGACUCAGUUUAGACAGCGGAUGACACGCCCACAAAUAAUGGAUCUCAGAGGCCUACUAAUGAUCAAUAUCUACCUGUUUCAGGGUCUCUCUGUGUAAUUGUCUGUUGGAUGUGUCGUCUUCUGUUUUCAGUAACUCUUGCAUUACUGGUGAUCAUCUAAUAACUGCUCUUAAAAGGAUGUUUUUGGAAAUAAACAUUUAAUACGUA